AUGGCUCCUAAACAGGAUACCCCCUUCCGCUCUGCGGACAUGAGCAUGGUCCAGCUCUAUGUCUCCAACGAAAUUGGCCGCGAGGUCGUGACGGCGCUCGGCGAGCUUGGCCUCUGCCAGUUCCGAGAUCUCAACGAAGAUGUCAGCGCCUUCCAGCGCACCUAUACCCAGGAAAUCCGACGCCUCGAUAAUGUGGAGCGACAGCUACGCUACUUUAACGCGCAGAUGGAAAAGACGAACAUUACUCUCCGCAAGCUCGACCUCGACACCGAGAGCCUCGCCUCCCCCUCCACCACCGAGAUUGACGAGCUCGCCGAGCGCAGCGAGAAGCUCGAGCAGCGCGUGUCGGCCCUCAACGACAGCUACGAGACGCUCAAGAAGCGCGAGGGCGACCUUACCGAGUGGCGCUGGGUGCUGCGCGAGGCCGGGAGCUUCUUUGACCGCGCCCACGGCAACGUCGAGGAAAUUCGCGCCUCGAUGGACGGCGGCAGCGGCGGCCAGGACGACGCCCCGCUGCUCGCCGACGUGGAGCAGCACCGAGCCGCCCCCGAGGUCGAGCGCUCCUUUGGCGGCAUGAACAUUGGUUUUGUGGCCGGUGUCAUUGCCCGCGACCGUGUCGGCGCCUUUGAGCGCAUUCUCUGGCGCACCCUUCGCGGCAACCUCUACAUGAACCAGUCCGAGAUUUCCGAGCCGCUCAUCAACCCGGUCAACAACGAGGCCGUCGACAAGAACGUAUUUGUCAUCUUUGCCCACGGAAAAGAGAUCAUUGCCAAGAUCCGCAAGAUCUCCGAGUCUAUGGGUGCAGAGGUGUACAGCGUGGACGAGAACAGCGAUCUGCGCCGCGACCAGAUCCACGAGGUGAACAGCAGGCUCCAGGAUGUGCAGAAUGUGCUCCAGAACACGCAGGCUACUCUCCAGGCCGAGCUCAACCAAAUCUCUCAGUCGCUGUCCGCUUGGAUGGUGCUCAUUGCCAAGGAAAAAGCCGUCUACGGCACGCUCAACCUCUUCUCGUACGACAGGGCUCGUCGCACCCUGAUUGCCGAAGGCUGGUGCCCGACCAACGACCUGCCUCUCAUUAGAUCGACUCUGCAAGAUGUCACCAACCGUGCAGGCCUUUCCGUCCCGUCCAUCAUCAACGAGAUUCGUACAAACAAGAAGCCUCCCACCUAUCUCAAAACCAACAAGUUUACCGAGGGCUUCCAGACUAUUGUCAAUGCAUACGGUACCGCCAGCUACCAGGAAGUCAACCCCGCCAUGCCGGUCAUUGUCACAUUUCCCUUUCUCUUCGCCGUCAUGUUUGGUGACUUCGGCCACGCCAUCAUCAUGUUGUCUGCCGCGCUGGCCAUGAUUUACUGGGAGCGCUCACUGAAAAAGGUCUCGUUUGAACUCUUUGCCAUGGUUUUCUACGGGCGUUAUAUUGCCCUGGUCAUGGCCGUUUUCUCCCUCUUCACUGGCCUCGUCUACAACGAUGCCUUCUCCAAGUCCAUGACGCUCUUUACCAGUGCGUGGGAGUUUCGGCUGCCCGAGGGCGGCUUCAAGGAGGGCGAGACGAUUGAAGGCACGCUCAACAGCCACGGAUACCGCUACCCAUUUGGUAUUGACUCGGCAUGGCACGGCACCGACAACGACCUUCUCUUUAGCAACAGUUACAAGAUGAAGAUGAGUAUCCUGCUGGGCUGGGCGCACAUGACGUACUCGCUCAUCUUUGCCUACAUCAAUGCCAAGCACUUUCGCAGACCCAUUGACAUUUGGGGCAACUUUGUGCCCGGCAUGAUAUUCUUCCAGUCCAUCUUUGGCUACCUUGUCGGCUGCAUCGUUUACAAGUGGACUGUGGACUGGAACGCGAUUGGCAAGCCCGCACCCGGCCUGCUCAACAUGCUCAUCUACAUGUUUCUACAGCCAGGCACCCUGCCCAAUGGCGAGCGCCUCUACGCCGGCCAGGAAUACGUGCAGGUGGGUUUGCUCCUCCUCGCCUUUGCCCAGGUCCCUGUCCUGCUCUUCCUCAAGCCCUUUUACCUCCGCUGGGAGAACAACCGCGCUCGCGCCAAGGGGUACCGCGGCAUCGGCGAGACGUCCCGCGUGAGCGCCCUCGAUGGCGACGACGAGGACGAAGCCCAGGGCCUGAUUCAUGGUGGUGGCCACGGUAAUAGCAUUGACGACGGCGAAGGCGUGGCCAUGAUUUCGCAAAACGUGGACGAGGAGCAUGAAGAGUUUGAAUUCAGCGAGGUCAUGAUUCACCAAGUCAUUCACACCAUUGAAUUCUGUCUCAACUGCGUCUCCCACACUGCCUCAUACCUGCGUCUGUGGGCCCUCUCCCUCGCCCAUCAGCAGCUCAGCGUCGUUCUGUGGACCAUGACCAUUGGUCUCGCCCUGCCUAUGACUGGCGUCGUCGGCGUCAUUGCCAUUGUUAUUGGUUUCUACCUGUGGUUCUUCCUCACCAUUGCGAUCCUCGUAUGCAUGGAAGGCACCAGCGCCAUGCUGCACUCGCUGCGUUUGGCGUGGGUCGAGUCCUUUUCCAAGUUUGCCGAGUUUGCCGGCUGGCCGUUUGUGCCGUUUUCGUUUGCGGCCUUGCUGGACGAGUCGGAGGAGCUCAAGGUAUAUCUGGGAUAA